ACAACAAUCAUUACGAAGCACUCAAGCAUGUCGCCAACACUUGAUCGUAAAGCGCCUCUGCCUAGCUCGGAAGACGAGGACGAGCCAAUAUCGAAGGCUGGUAAGCAGCCUAAGGAUAAGACAUCGCCACGUUCUACGCCUGGUAAAUGGCCCAAGGAUGAUGCAGAGUACAUAAAUGUGGAAGAAGAAACAACUAUCGUUACCACUCGCCAAGUGCCUUUGGCCGAUACAGAGGACGAGGAUGAGCCACGUCCAAAAGUCAGUGGAAAACCUAAGGAUAAACAUCCCAAGGAUGACGCAGAGUUUGUUGAUGUUGAAGAAGAAACAACAACUGUCACAACGAAGCGUACGUCAAAGACUCCCACUACCACGACUCGCACGCCCACACGCAAAGAGCCCAUGCCUCAUCCAGAGGAUGAUGACGAACCGAACCAGCCUAAGUCUAAGGAGCCAACGGGUAGACAGCCGACAGAUGAAUGCAAGCCACGUCCGACACCUAAUUAUUACUCCAAGGACGUUGAAUUUAUCAAAGUGAGCGAUGACACGACCAUAAUCAUGACAAAGCGUCCUGCCAAGUCACCAUCGCCCACACGCAAGGAGUAUUCGCCUUAUCCAGAUGACGAGCCUACAGCUAAGCAGCCCACAGCUGGUAAGCCGUUCAGGGACGACGAAUCCCCACGUCGCCCAAAGGAUGAUAAAGAGCCUCGCACAAAGUCCAAGCUACCCAAGGAUGAUGCCGAGUACAUAAGCGAGAAGACAACUGUGGUGAUAACUAAACGCCCUUCCAAGUCGCCAUCGCCCACACGCAAGGAGCCUUUGCCACAAACUGAGACGAAACACUUUGUGACCGAAAAGAUAAUCGAUUGCAAUGGCAAGACCGUGUUGGAGAAGGUCAGCAAGACUCAACGACCCACUGGACCCGCCUCGGGCCCCAAGACGAAGAAGCAACCCUACGAUAGCGAACCAGAGGAAGGUAAACCUAAGCAGCCAGACUCCAGAAAACCCUCGACCAGCAAGAUCGAAACCGAGCGACGUAAUUCACGCACCACUAAGACCAGCACUAGCACCACUAGCACCACCACCAACAAACAGCCCGUGAAGGAAACCCAGCCCAAGACAGUCAAGAGUCCACGCAAGGAGUCGCUGCCUAAACGUGAGCCUGCCAAGCGCGAUAGCCUGGUGGAGGAGACACGCACGACAACCUCCACAGCAAGCACAACUAUUCGCAAGGAUAGGAAGCCCAGUGAUGGCAAUAACUCACCAAAUAUCAAGGAUCGCUUGCGUUCGUCGCCUCGCAAACAGAAACCCCAAACGGACGACGUGGACGGAGAGUCCUCCUCGCCGGAUACGAGCCCCACGCGUAUUCCCAGCGAGCGUCGUCGCUCGAGCAACAUUUCAGUGCACACUGAGAUCAUCAUAGAUCAUACAGCGCCCAAGACGCCAUCACCCAAAACCGAGCGCAAAGUGACGCCCAAGACUGCAGCAAGUCCACUGCGCAAGCUGCCGGUGACGGAGCGCAAGGAAUCGGCGCCAGUGCCGCGCGUUACCCGUCGCGACAAGGACAAGGUGACCCGUUCCACCAGCGAGAAUGUCAUCAAGGUUGUCAAUGGCAAACCCAAGCCAGCACAACCCGAGAUGAGCAGCUUGAACCCGAACUCUGCUCAGAGACCUAACGCAGAUCGUAAUCGUCCCAGCAAAUGCUUCACCACACGAACCAUCAACCUUAGUGAGCAGCUGAUCAAUAGCGAGGAGAUGGAGGAUGUCAUCAUUGAUAUACAGCAGGCGAAGAGCUCCAGGGAGCCAUCACCGGAUCGCAUUGUUCCGACACCGGUUCCAGCUGAAGUGGAGACCGGCAAGCCGCGCUAUCCCGACACUGUACAGGAGCCGGAUGAUGAGCCGCGCAAGAAACCCAUUGUCACGAAUAUACCCAUCUUUGAGGAGGAAGCCAAUGCCUAUGUGGGCUGCCAGAUAUCCGAGUUGCGUAAUCCGAAUGGCAUCGAGGCGGACAUCCACGACAAUCCCACCGUGGAGGCGCCAAAGAGUCUGGAUUAUGCAACAGCCAAUCCAAGCAAUGGUCAGCCUGGAAUCGACGUGGACGAGUGCUUGUUGAGUGUGCACGAGAAGGUGACCAAGUUCACGAACACCGCCGAGCAGGUGAAGCAGCCGAAAUCCUCGACACCCUUUAGCCGCCAGUUCGAUGAGCAUGCCAAGGUCUCGGCUAGCGAUGAGUGCUUGCUGAGCAUUGAUGAGAAGGUGGAUCGCUUUUUGAAGACCGCCGAGAAUAUAACCAAGCAGCCGUUGACCACGCCCACGCGCGAAAUUGAACGUCCCAGCUUUGAGGACAUCGACGAGGAGCUGCGUCAGGACGACUGCAUACUGAGCGUUUCGCAGAAGGUGCACAAGUUCAUUGACACCGCCGAGAAGCUGGCCCCAAGCGCACCACAAAAGUCACCACGACUGGUGGCCAACAUCGAGCGUCACAUCUCGCGCCAGAGCGAGCCGGAGCUGGAUCAGGAAUCGGAGCCGGAGCAGCCCUCCGAUGCGGAACCAGAUGAGCCAUUGGAGUCGAAUGACGAGCUAUUGCCCAUGUCGAAGCACCACACAACAGCCAUUGAGCUGAAGCGCCAGAAGGACAUACUCAACCGUCCCUCGGUCUUCAAUCAGCGCAAGCCAACCACGCCCAACGGCAACACUAAACCACGCGGCACAACCAGUCCAAGCACCACACUCAUAACUGAGGAACGUAAAUCGUAUCGCAAUCAGAAUGUUCCAGCCUCGAGUCCGGGUGCACGUUCACCAACACGCAGCACCGCUGCACCACGCAAACCCUCCUUGGAGCAACCACGCGGCAAGCCAAGCGAGCCAGAGCGUAGCAUCACCAGCACCACCAAGCGUAGGGAGCAUAUAACCCAGCAACAGUGGGUGAUCAGUGAUGUGGACGUGGAUGUUGAGGAGGUGGGUCCCGCUCCACCUUCCCACAGCGUCAGCCCGCAGCCAACAGCGCCAGGCCGACGUCCAACCACCAGCAGCACCGCCAACAUAACAAAGUCAACUCCACGCAGCUCCACUGCACCGCGGAAGCCUUCAUUGGAGUCGCCGCGUAGCAAACCGAGCGGCGAUUACCCUAAGGAGACGGAGACAGGCACACGCCGUGCCACCAGCACCACUAGCACCAGAAUCACUACCAAGCGUGGUGAGCAGUGGUUGCAGGACGAGCUCGAUGUGGAUGUCGAGGAGUAUGAGCCAGUCAGUCCAAAGGGCACAACUCCAAGCAGACGCACCGCCCCUAAUACUAGCACCACCAACGUAACGAAGUCAGCUCCACGCAGCUCCACUGCACCACGCAAGCCCUCAUUGGAGUCGCCGCGUAGCAAACCGAGCGGCGAUUACCCUAAGGAGACGGAGACAGGCACACGCCGUGCCACCAGCACCACUAGCACUAAAACCACAAUCAAUCGUGCCGAGCAGUGGGUGCACAGUGAUCUUGAUGUGGAUGUCGAGGAGUAUGAACCAGUCAGUCCAAAGGGCAAAUCUCCAAGCAGACGCACCACCGCUGCCACCACAAAGACAACCACACGCGGUGCCUCUGCACCACGCAAGCCCUCGCUCGAGUCGCCACGCUCCAAGCAAAGCCCAACCACCGAUUACACUGCAGAGACCGAGACAGAUACACGUCGCACCACCAGCACCACCAAGCGUGGUGAAGAGUGGUUGCCAAGUGAUGUGGAUGAGCUGAACCACAGUCCCAGGCAUAGCCACAGUGGCAGUCCACGUCAAAUGUCGCCACAACGACGCACCGCCACCACCACCAAGCCCGACAGCACCACCAAUUCGAAAUCCACCGUAGUUAAAGCGAGCACUGAGCACAGCACCACCAAGCAUACAACAACAACCACCAAUCGAACCCAUAGUCCAACUAACCAAGCUCCCCUUGCCAGCUCCCCUGACACUGAACCACACGUUGAACCACUUUUAGACCGCAGCCGCCCCACCCAUCAAUCAUCGCCCGGACGCACCGUCGCCUCACGUCGCAACAUCUUUGAAAAGCAUUCGCCCAGCCCCACCACCACCACCACCACCACCAGUGCUACCACUGAGCCGAGCGGACGUCGUCCCUCCUACAUGGAUCACACGAAGAGCUCCCUGGAGCACAUUCGUCGCGAUUCGCUGGAGAUAAACAAGACGCAUUAUUCCCGUAAGUCCUCGGUGGAUGAUGAGACAAUGCUGGAGCCACGCAACCCAAAUGCGGCCGUUAAAUUCGAUGUGCCGAAGCGCGGCUCACGGCCCGAGGCGGUGCGCACCACCAACACCGAUGAGCUGGAGAUUGAGGAGAUCUUCGAUCUGCAGACGCUGGAGCAGCUGCUGGAGACGGUGAGCAGCUAUGAGCUGCGUCGACGCAUUCGCGCCCAGAUACGUCUGAUUAAGAAGAACAUGAUCAAUGCGAACAGCAGCACCACCAUCACCACAACCACCAUAACGACCAGGGGCAGGCAGUCCGAGCAGCUGCAGCCGAGAAGCCAGAGCUCGACGCCCAGCCGCAGUCCAAUGCCAGUGCGACGCAUGCCGGAGCUACCACGUGAACGUAGCCAGAGCCCGGAGGCGAAGGGCAGCACCACCACCAGCACCACAACGACUUGUCGUCGCACUAAGCAGCUGGACAGUGGCAAGCCACCGGUGAAGCCUCGGGAUCGCAGCGCCAGCCCAGUGCAAACGCGUCGUCGCAGUCCAACGGGCAAGUCCUCGAGCACGACAACGACAACCACCACACGCACCACCAAGCAAGGCAAGGUCAAUCCGAACGAGAAGCCAAGUCCCAUUUGGGCGGAUCGUAGCAAGGUAUUGCGAGCUUCUGGCUCACACUCGCCCACCCCGCGAAAAGGCUCCAACACCAGCACCACUAGCAGCAGCAGCAGAGUGAUGCGCAGCAGCAACACCACCAGCAGCAGCAGCACCACCACCACUAGCAGCAGCAGCAGCAAGCGACGCGAGGAGGACUCCAUUACGUCCAGCUAUGGCGUCGGCCCAACCGAUGAGAAUGGGCUGCCCCUCUUUGGCAUUAGGGCGCUCAAGAAGAAGACGCAGCCGCCGAUGGAGCCAUGUGAGACAAAGCAAGAAGUCACAGGCUAUGUCAUCGAGGAGCAGUUCUAUUCGGACGACAAGUCGCCGCCACGUCAUGAACGCAAGGAGCUCAUCUACUCGAGCAAUCCGGAUGAGUUGGUAACGCUGCAGCAGCAGCUGGACACCGCCCAGCCGGAUGGACAGACGACGAAGCUGGAGCGCGAGGUGAAGCUCAUCGAUGUGCAGGGCAUGCCCGCAGUCAUUGAGCCGCCGUCGGGCAAGCGACGUGGCUCGAUCAAGGAGCUGAGCGAACGGUUCAUACAGAAGGAAUCGAUGCUGGCCGACGAGGAGACGACAGAGGACAGCGAAUCGAACGAUGUCUGCAGCGUCAUCGAGCUGGAGGCACCGCAGAUGCGUCAGCACCAGACCAGCAGCACCACGCGCACCAGCUCCAGCACCCGCUCAUUCCUCAAUACCAGCGGCGAGGAGCGAGCUGUGAGCAGCGUCGACGAUGUCCUCGAGCGCAUGCGCAAUGCCGACAAUGUGGUGGAGCCCGGCGACAGCGCCGAGGAUCGCGAGGCACGUGCUCUGCUCAACAAAUUCCUUGGCGCCAGCGUCAUCAUGCAGGGCGUCGAGUCCAUGUUGCCGGCGGGUCAGCGACAGCAGCAGCUGUCGAGGGGCAACAUCAGCAGCAACAGCAGCAGCAGCCAAGCGGUGAAAACAACGCAGCAACAGCGCAGCAGCAGCAACAACAACAACAUCAGCAGCAGCAGCAACACCCGAAAGACAACAACAACGUCCUCAGCACCAGUUACACGCACAACUUGUGACAUCGAGGAAAUUUGGGACGAGCAAUUACUUAGGCAAUUGCUGGAGCAGGCGUCCACGUACGAGGAGCGUCGCAAGAUCCGUGCACGUUUACGCGAACUUAUGGCGGAACGCGAAGAGGUAAAAAGUGUCAAGGCAGGCGGUGAGAAUUCCGCUGCCAAAGAAGCAGAGGAAGAGAGCAGUGCCAGCGAAUAUGAGGAGAUAAUUGAGGAGGUAACUGACGACAGCAGCGACGAGGAGGAGCAGCAACAGCCAGAGAAGUCGGAGAAGCAAGACAAGGAGAAGGAGAAAGAGAAGGAGAAGGAGAAGGAAAAGGAAAAGCCAACCAAAGAGCUUGAGCAAAAGUUGGCCAAAGUUGAGCUCAGCAAGGAGCAAGUGGAUGGGGCACAGGCACAACACAAGCAACAAAGCUCAACGACCAGCGAACGCACCGAGACAAAAUCAAAAGAUGGCGGCGCAAUUGUCACCACAACAACAACAAAAGUUACCACACGCACUGUGAGCGGCAGCGCUGCCAACAACAAGAACAUCUCGCCGCUGGCCAAAUUUAAGCAGCUCGAUAAAGCUGCCCAGCAGCAGCAGGCUCAAAAAUCAUCUCCAACAACAAGCACACCCACGACCCCAGGCGGUUCAGCACAACCGUAUUUCAAAUUUACCGAUCCGGCAUUAAAUGCGCGCGCCGCCACUGUCAAGGAUCAACUUCUGCAGUGGUGUCAGCACAAAACGCAGGAAUAUGAGAACGUCCAAAUAAGCAACUUUAGCUCGAGCUGGUCCGACGGCUUGGCCUUUUGUGCGCUGAUACAUCAUUUCUUGCCAGAUGCAUUUGACUACAGUCAACUAACCAAACAAACUCGCAAACACAACUUUGAGCUGGCCUUUAGCGUGGCUGACGAAAAAGCUGGCAUUGCUCCUCUGCUAGACGUGGAAGAUAUGGUUGAGAUGAGUCGACCCGAAAAAAAAUGUGUCUUUGUAUAUGUGCAGAGCAUCUAUCGUCGUUUUCGCAACUGCCAAUAAAAAAAACAAGCAACAACAAUAGCAGCAGCAGCAGCAGCAACAACAACAGCUAAAGGGCAAACCAACU